GUAGAAAAAGCAGUAACCUCAUUUUAGCUCUUCAUAAUAGAGUUUUUCUUUCUUUUCAGAGCAAACUUGAUGAUUACCAGGAACGAAUGAACAAGGGAGAACGUCUGAAUCAAGAUCAACUGGAUGCAGUGUCAAAAUACCAGGAAGUGACAAAUAAUCUGGAAUUUGCUAAAGAACUGCAGAGGAGCUUUAUGGCUUUGAGCCAAGACAUCCAGAAAACAAUAAAAAAGACAGCUCGCAGGGAGCAACUGAUGCGAGAAGAAGCUGAACAGAAGCGUUUAAAAACUGUACUAGAGCUCCAGUUUAUUUUGGACAAGUUGGGUGAUGAUGAAGUGCGCAACGACUUGAAACAAGGAUCAAAUGGAGUACCUGUGCUGACAGAGGAGGAACUGACAAUGCUGGAUGAGUUCUACAAGCUAGUUUACCCUGAACGAGACAUGAGCAUGAGGUUGAAUGAGCAGUAUGAGCAAGCGUCUGUUCACCUGUGGGACUUACUGGAAGGGAAGGAAAAACCAGUUUGUGGAACAACCUAUAAAGCGCUGAAGGAGAUUGUCGAACGUAUUCUUCAAACUAGUUACUUUGACAGCACCCACAACCAUCAGAACGGAUUAUGUGAGGAAGAAGAGGCAGCGCCUGCACCUGCAGUAGAAGACACCGUAGCAGAAGCUGAACCUGAUCCAGCGGAAGAGUUUACUGAGCCAACUGAAGUUGAAUCAACUGAGUAUGUAAACAGACAAUUCAUGGCAGAGACUCAGUUCAGCAGUAGUGAGAAGGAACAGGUAGAUGAGUGGACAGUUGAAACGGUUGAGGUUGUAAAUUCGCUGCAGCAACAGACACAAGCUACAUCUCCUCCUGUUCCUGAACCCCACACGCUCACUACUGUGGCUCAAGCAGAUCCUCUUGUUAGAAGACAGCGAGUACAGGACCUUAUGGCACAGAUGCAGGGCCCAUAUAACUUCAUGCAGGACUCUAUGCUGGAGUUUGAGAACCAAACACUUGAUCCUGCCAUUGUAUCUGCACAGCCCAUGAAUCCAGCACAGAAUUUGGACAUGCCACAAAUGGUUUGCCCUCCAGUUCAUGCUGAGUCAAGACUUGCCCAGCCUAGUCAAGUUCCUGUGCAACCAGAAGCUACGCAGGUUCCCUUGGUUUCUUCUACAAGUGAGGGAUAUACAGCCUCCCAACCCAUGUAUCAGCCUUCUCACACAACAGAGCAACGGCCACAGAAAGAAUCUAUUGACCAGAUUCAGGCUUCAAUGUCCCUGAAUGCAGACCAGACCCCAUCAUCAUCAUCACUUCCCACUGCAUCCCAGCCACAGGUGUUCCAGGCUGGAUCUAGCAAGCCUUUGCAUAGCAGCGGAAUCAAUGUUAAUGCAGCUCCAUUCCAAUCCAUGCAAACAGUAUUCAACAUGAAUGCGCCUGUUCCUCCUGUUAAUGAGCCAGAAACCCUUAAGCAGCAAAAUCAAUACCAGGCCAGUUACAACCAGAGUUUCUCCAAUCAGCCUCACCAAGUAGAACAAUCAGAUCUUCAGCAAGAACAACUCCAGACAGUGGUUGGUACUUACCAUGGUUCCCCAGACCAGACUCAUCAAGUGGCAGGUAACCACCAGCAACCUCCCCAACAGAAUACUGGAUUUCCACGUAACAGUCAGCCUUAUUAUAACAGUCGAGGAGUGUCUCGUGGUGGGUCACGUGGGGCCCGUGGCUUAAUGAACGGUUACAGGGGACCGGCAAAUGGAUUUAGAGGAGGAUAUGAUGGCUACCGUCCUUCCUUUUCCAACACUCCAAACAGUGGUUACACGCAGCCCCAGUUUAAUGCUCCUCGGGAUUAUUCAAACUACCAGCGGGAUGGAUAUCAACAGAACUUCAAACGUGGCUCUGGACAAAGUGGACCUCGGGGAGCUCCUAGAGGUCGUGGAGGGCCCCCAAGACCAAACAGAGGGAUGCCUCAAAUGAAUGCUCAGCAAGUGAAUUAAAUAAAUUCACAGGAUUACGUUAAACGCCAAAAACACACUGGCCAGUGUACUAUACAUGUUACCAGAAGAGUUAUUAUCUAUUUGUUCUCCCUUACAGGAAGUUUGUUGUAAAGGGACUAUUUUCAUUACCAUAAUGACAGGACUACAGUUGCCAGCUUUAUAUUACCUGGAUAUUGAAAGGAACGAAACAACGUUUACUCUGCAUGUUCUGUCCUAAGCAUCAUCUUGAGCCUUGCACAUGAGAUUCAGAUUCUUCACCCUUGCUAAGAGUAAAGCAAAAAAGGCAAUUUCCAGGGUGAUCCAAUCUCCAUGGUUAACUGAAGUGGCAGGAAAAAGCAAAAGACUCACUUCUGACAUUUAAAAGUGAUGUAACAAAUUUGGAUAAAAUCUGCAAAUUCGUAACGAUUUACUGUGGUGGCAGUUAAUAAAACUUAAUAUUUCCAUGAAAGGAUGGAAAAGGUGAAGUGUGGCUUGGUAGUGCAACUGCAUUUCAGCCUUUUCUCACUAAAUUGAAGCACUGAACAGUUAAAGAUGUUAGUGAUGCAGAUUUCCCUAAAUAGACAAAUAGGCUUACAGCCAGUUUUUGACAAAGAAGCAGCACCCUUAGCUGCAGCACUCCUUAUCACCAGGGCCCCGUUUACUGUGGCUGAGGAUUUAAGAUUGCUUGCAUAACUGCUAAUGUAACUGUGUAAUUUUUUUAUUUUGAAGGAAAAGAAAAAAAAAGCUUUGAUUUGGCACGAAAAAAUUCUGCAGCAAAUGUGAGAUGAUCUGGAUGGCCACUGUAUAUUUGAUGUGAAGUAUUUAGAUAUCUCUUUGAAACACUUUUAAGUUUCUUUGAUAGCAAUGACUUUUGUAAGGAUUGGUAUUCUCUAUCAUUCCUUAUGACUUGCACAUUGUCUGUCACUAAUACUUGACCUUGCUGUAUUAUCACCUAAAUAACUGAUGCCGGUACUGAUGGAAAUCUCUAAUGGAUAAUCAUAACACUUUUGGUCACAUGUCCUUUUGUCUUUCCUGCAGCCUUGAAGGUUUUAAGAAAUCUCAAAUGCCCGCUGCUGCUGCCCUUUUAAUUGCUAUCUUUUGAAAAGCACCAGUAUGUGUUUGAAUUGAUUUCCCCUUUUAAGGGAAAUGACAGCCAGCAGUUACAGUUCUAAUGGUAUAAGCAAGACAAAUAAAACAUGUUUAUAAAAAUUGUAUCCUGGAACACUGGUUUUCAACGACUGAAACAAAUUUAAUGUGAUGGGGUGACAUUUCACGAGGUUUUGGUUGCGUUUUUUUUUCCCCUGAUAGAUUCCCUUUUUCCUGAAUAGAUGUAAACCCUCCUCUUGUUUUUUCUGAUUUUAUUCUGAUAGCUGUGACUUCUGGGAAACUUUUCUUUUUAUGGACUUACCUUUACAUCAAGGCAGCGAUGUAUAAAAGAAAUAGUAUAAGACUAGGAGCUGGAAAAUACCAAGUCUUAUUCAAGUUUUACUGCGUACUUGUGGUAUAAUCUUCGGAAAAUCACUUGUGCCUACCUUUCGCGCACAUGCACUCUCUCUGCAGUGGGGAGAAUAUAUUGAUAGCUGCCUCCAUAGAGGUGUUGGUAGUUCUGUUGCAUUCUGUAGCACGUGCAAGAAGAAAAGUGCUAUAUAUGUUAAGUAUUGCUUAUCAAAUAAUUCCUACCUGUGGAAAGGUGAAAUUAAGGAACAGCUACAUGUUGUUUAACUGUUAUAUACAAAACUGAAGGUUGUUUUAACUUGUAGGGUCAUUUCUACUUUGUAUCAGAACUGUACUUUCAGAACUUAGUCAGAUAUUUUGACUCUGUGAAAUAAUCUGAAACUCCACAGAUAUAGGUGGUACUAUCACUUUUUCAUGUUGUGUGUGAAGAGCACAAAUGAGAUAUGUUGUUACUGAGAAAAGUGAUAAGCUUGUGAAGACAAUAUUACACACCAGACAUCUUGAAACGAUGCUGAUGGCUGGAAGCAGCAGUUGUAGUCAAAGCCUAGAAACAUUCCGUACCAGUAUAACAAUAUAAACUGCAGUCCGGUGAGAAGUUGCUGUUCUGGUUUGGUUUUUUUUUUCAGGAAGCUGUUACUGAGAUAAUAGUCCCAACUGUUUUUUAACUGGAAAAAAAUAAAAAGAUGAACCUUAUAAUGUUGAACUGAUGUAGGAAAACAGUGAAUUUUUUAAAAAAUAUUUUUUGUGCAUUGGCUUUUUAAAUGGUUGGUAGAACACAAGCUCUUUUUCCAUUGCACACCAAAUGCUUCUUAAAUAGCUCUUUGUAGUUUGACAGUAAAUUUGCAGCAUUCUGAAUUAAAGACCGCUGAAUGGAUCAGAACAUUCCACUUAAGGUUUUGGUUUUAUUUUCAAUUUAAAUUUAUUAAAAACACUGGGUAGUUGAGUGGCCUCUUAAUUGAGAUACAACUUCGUAAGCCUUUUCAUGUAUGAAAAUGGUCUUUAGAGUAGCUGCUCUGCUCUGUGCUGAUAGAGGGAGAUCUGUUACAAUAAUAACAACUGUAAAACAAAUACCUAAGAUGUGUUUAGUCUGGGAAUUUGCACUGACUCCUUUAAUCUCAAUACAUGUGUCUAAUAAACACUAUACUGGAAAAAUUGGUUUGAGUCACGUAUGGCACACAGAUCCACUAACGGGUUCUCUGGCCUGUUCAGGGGAGCUGAAGUAUCUUCACUCUGUAACUUCGCUCUAGAUCUGAGUUACAUCCAGAUCACAAGCACUCCUAGAUCCAUUUCUUUUGGAAAAGCUCAUCUUUUGAAUAAAGACCAUUAUACAGAGUGAUAACAUUGAGGCCAAACAGUGGCAGUUCAGGGCUGGUUCUUUUGCAGAGCCCUUCCUGGAUGCUGGGGAUGAGCUGUGUUUAUUCUAGUUAGGUGCUGCCGUAGGAUACCUCGGGCCUGAUGCCUGUGGUUGGGAAGCGUGAGCAAGUAACAAAGUGCUACUUCUGAGCCUUUAUGUAGACACAUCAGUUGCACUCUUUGAUGGUUUUACUUGAUGCGUCUGUGAGUCAGUCUUUGGGGAGCAUAACAGCCUAGUUAUGACUGCCUUCUUGCAUAUACAGCUACUGUGAGGAGAUAAGACUUUUAUUUUGCAGGGGCUUCAUUAUCUAAUAUUGCUAGGCUGUGAUAACGUAUAGUGGUGUGUGUUUGAGAACGGACUUUGGCUUCAGUGUCUUAUUUCCUCUUGGGUGUAAUACAAGGAUUCUUGAGUAAAUAAUUUAUAAAUCACUAGCGUUUCUAUAUAUUUCUACCUAAUGUUACUGUGUCUGGGAAACCUGGAUCCUUCCUAGACAUCCUACAACUUAAAUACUUAACUUGGAUAUCAUGAGCUAUUUUCUCAUACCAAAGGUCAGUUUCUACAUUUUACUUUUGCGUUCUCCCUGUAUAUGAGCUGUCUUUUUAAGAACAGUUCACCAAUACGACUUCAGGAUUUUGCUGUGGAGGGAGUUCUAGACUUAACUUAAUCCCCGAUUUCUUUCCAACAUAUGUCUCUUGUGUAUGGCAAAUCUCUAAAGCAUAACAUCAUUCAGAGUAGUAGUUGGAAAAGUUAUGUUGACUUCUUGUUAAUAGCCAGUUAAUGUAUUCUGCUGGGACUUUAUAACUCUCAGAGAACUUUGUGACCUUAAAAAUGUGUCUUCUCAAAAUGUCCUGCUGACCUUAUUUGUUAGGUAGAUUCUUUGAUUACUUUCAUCUGUUUCUUUGGAGAAUGGAUCAAGCUUCCUUCUUUCCCCCAGAUGGCAUUUGAGUCACUACUUUGGAGAGAGAGAAGUUACUGAAAAGGCUUUAACUAAAAGGUGAUGAUACUGAAAAAAUGGUUAAACUUCAUAUGAGGCAAAUGGGACAAAACUUGUGGUCCAGCAGAGUAAGAUUCAAAACCAAUUGGUGAGAAAAAUCUUGAUCUUCCUAUUCUUUUUUUGAUGCUCUUGCAUUGUCUAAGCUGAGUAGAUGACUUUCCUUACCCCUUCUUUGCAAGAACCAUUCAUUAUGAAUGCACAUCUGUGAUAGAAGUGUUUGGGAUGAAUAGACAAACUUGUGCUGUGUUUUCUUCCAUCCCAAGUCUUCUGUGGAUACAAAGGGACAAGAACACUGCUCAUGAACCAGCCCCAUUAAUAAGGCUGCCAGUCACAUCUUGAAAAAUAAAGGUCAUCCCUCUUGCUCAUGCAAAACUAUUCUUGAUUAACAUGUACUCAAAAGUAUGCAGAUGCUUGAUAAAAAUUUAUAGCCAGAGCUGAGUUUUGCAACUGUAUGCAGUAGACUAUAUUUUAGUCUUCCAAAUCUAUGCGCCUGUUUUUACAGAAAGGUUUUUAAUUGCCUGAGCUGGCACCAAACAAAGUUCUAUGAGUGGGGUGAUGUUCUUCACCACUGAUUGGCCUAAAAAUCAGUUCCUCAUUUGAAGAGUGAGCAGGGAACAGUCCUGAACCAUGAAACUUGCCUUUUGAAAUUAGAAGAUAAUAUACUUAUUAAAUCUGGGCUUAAAAUACGGUUCUGAUUAUUGUCUGGAACUUUACUGGAAACUCAAAUGCUGCAAAACCACAUAGUUUCCUUCUAAUUCUGGUUUACUCUGGCAAAAUUCGUUAAAUUUCCUUGUUCUUGAGUGCUUGAUUGGUCUCAUUAGUAAUUAUGGCUGUCUUAUAGUCAGCAGCAGUACUUAGCAGAAAGAGCUUUGAUGUGAACUUCGGGAAAAUUCCCUUAGUUAACACCAGGUUAGUGUACCUGAUAGUCAUGAAGGUGGCUAAUUGCUUAAACUAGAAUGUUUCUCUUUGGCCAACUCAAUUUUCCAGAGGGAGAGAGAUGGGGAAGGUCCUUCAGACUUCCCAGUUUGCAAAUACUGUUUGCUGUUAGGUUUAAAUGUUUUUCAUCCCAGUCAGUAAAUUUUCCAAGAGGAAAGGUUCCAUGUUUUUGAGAACCACUGCACCUGGCUGCUUAGGGUUUGAGGUUGUAUGCAAAUUGCUUAACAUCAAAGGGAAAGAAAAUAUCUACACUCUAGCAGAAACUUAAUGUCUCUUCCCCAUGUGGAAGUAAGCCCCUGACCCUCAUACAUUUCUACAAAAACUUAGAAGCAGGAUCUUGGAUUUCUGCUUCUCUUCCCACAGGGUUUCAGAAACUGGGUGUUGUUGAAUUUUGAGUGUGGUAUGGCAAAGAGUCCCUGAUGAGAAACUGAUUUUCUAAAUGGUUUCUCUAAGGGAAGAGGUGCUAUUCUAUUAACCCCUGUCUUAGUUGGUUGUUUUAUUUUUUUAAUAUAAUGCAAUUAAAAUUAUUUGUGACUCUACAUCAAGCCUUAAUGGAGGGAAAGAAAUCUGUUUUCCAAAAAUCCACAUCCUAAAGCCAGUUUGGUGCUUAAGAGAACUGUAUUAGGAAAACUUCAGUUUAACUUGGCAUUUUGUUCUGAACUGAAAUUUAUCUGUUAGCUCUUGCUGCAAUUAUUAAUCCAUCAAUUUAAAAAGCUGUGUUCUUGUUCCCCUGCGUGCCCCCCCCCCCAACUUUUUAAUGUUCAUAAAAUAUUCAGAUGGAUGUAACUAGCUCCGUUCCAACUAUGGUGGCCAAUUUCUCCUUUCUAUAAAAUGUGCUCAAAUACCCAGUAGUGGAUCAAGAGUACACCUGAAAUUUUGGUAUCAAGUCAAAUUUUAGUAAUUAUCCGUUAGACUUUUAUUAAAUGAAAAUGUAUUUCCUUUUUUGAAGCUAUUCAAUUUCAGAAUAAAUUUUAGUAAUGCAUCUAACGUAUAAAAUAAGUCUUCAGAGUUAUGUUUUAGUUAAUUGUCAGAUUUAAAUUUUCUGAUGGCCUUAAACAUACCUGUAUAUAUGUCUUUGCAGUUCUUUAACUCAACGUUUAAAACAAGUUGGUCCAUGGUUAUGUAAACACUUGAAAAAUAAAUCUAUUUAAAUGUU